UACUUUGUUUAUUAACAUUGGGUUGUUUAUUUAGGAAAAAGCAUGUCGUUUAAGAAAGAUUUGAUUUUACUUUUAAAACCUUAUUACAGCAUAAACAUUUUGUUAAGUUUGUCUUAUAUACUAUGCAAGAAAGUUCCUUUUUUGUGUGGGAUUUUGUUUCCAGGCAGCUAUCCACAAUGUGAAUUAGAUACCAGGGAAUCGGAGAUCCUAUUCUUUCUCAUAAUAGUAGUAAUGAUGAAAACCAAGAAAUCUGGAAGCGUCACUAUGAUAAACUAUCUGACUUCCAGCUUCAUUUACAAUAAAGUAGCAAACAUGAUAUUAUGGUUUUAUGCUGACGUACGAAUGGGAAUAAUAUUUAGCGUAAUUUGUAUAUUCUUUGCGAUGGUGUUUCCUGAGCCAACGUACAGUGGCCCAGAUAAAGUUGUCUACUUCAGAACUGCUGCAGGCUUGGAAGAACAACUUGAGAGAGACAGGAGAGUUACAUGGCUGGUUGUGUUCUAUGCUGCAUGGAAUCCUGCCUGUGUUACUUUUGCACCAACAUUUGCCGAAUUGUCUGCUGAAUAUGGUCUUGAAAAUUUGAAAUUUGGAAAGAUUGAUGUUGGCCGUUAUCCCGAUGCAGCCAAAAAGUAUAAUGUUAAUGACUCAUCUAUGAGUCGCCAGUUGCCUACACUGAUACUUUUUAAGGAUGGGAAGGAAGUUACAAGACGCCCUGGAUUUGAUAACAAGGGGAAAGUUAUCAAGUUCUUUUUCUCUGGUGAUAACGUUAAAGCAUCAUUUGAUCUGAAUAACUUGUAUAAUGAGUGUAAAUCAAACCCUUUGAAAAAGAAGAAACCUCUCACUGAAAGGACUGAAAUGACAGAAACUGUGAAUAAUCAUGUCAAAUCUGAAUAGUGCUGAAUGUGUAUUAAGGCUAGCAUCUGUUAGUAUUUUUUCUCUUUUUUUUGCAAUUGGCUGUGCUUUAAGUGUUUUAUUGUCACACUAGUGAUUCAUACAAGAGAACAAGAGCCACAACCGUAAAAGGUUUAUGCUAUGAGCAAGCGCACACAGUGGUCCAUGGACUUUUUUUAAGCCAAAAAUGAAACUGUUUGCUUAAUUUGCUAUACACAGGUAUUAUAUAGAAUGUAGCUCUAAACCAAAGAUUCUUACAAUAUAUCGAUGGAGUAUUAAGUUCUGAGUGUAUACAUGUGAAAGAGCAGUGCAUUUUUCAAGAUUAAUUGUUUCAGUCUCCAGGAAGUUCUCUUCACUGACUGAAAUAUUGUCAGUUUCAGUACCAUAAAUAUAUUAAAACUGAAUGUUUUAUGUCAUAAUAAGCUGAUGCUGCUGAACAUGUACAUUGUGAAUCAUUGCAGUAUCAUAAGAAGAGAAUUGUUACUUCUA